AUGGAUGAUGAUAUUUUCUUAGGGUUAGAAACUAUUCAAUAAUUUGAUGAGAAAAUGAAACAGUUCUCAUAAUAGCAUCAAUUUAGAAGAUAAUUAUAAAGAUAUCCUGUAUAAAAGAUAUUAAAGAGAUCAAACAGUUUUGCAUAAAGCUAAAUUAGUACAGCAAUAAAUUCAUCUGCUCAUGCAAGCAGAAAAUAAACAAUAUCAUAAUUAGAAAUGAAUCCUCCUAAACGUAGACAUUGUGAAUUCUAUAAUGAUGAAUUUUGCAUGAAUCUUUUUGCUGAAAAAAUAGAAUAUUUGUGUACUUAAUGUUAUGAUAAAAAUGAAGUAGUAAUAAAAGAAUUGAAUAGAGUUGCAUAAGAAUUAGGGUAUUUAAUUUAAGAUAAUGUAUAAGAAUAUCAUUACAUAGAGUAUAAUAAUUUGAGAGUGUUUAAGAAAGAGAAUAAUAUAUAUUAAGUUAGUUAUAAAAUUAAGUACUUGAUUCAAUAAAAUAAUGGAAAUAGAGAAUUGAUUAAAGAGAAAUAUAAAGAAGAAAAAGUGAUAAUAUUACAAUAAAUACAAAUAGUUAAGAUAAAAUGUUGGAUAUAUUUGAUUGGAUUGAAAUUGAUACAAAAUUCAGAUAAUUGAAAAAAAGAUUAAAAUUUGCAUUAGUUGAAAUGAUAAAUGAUAAAAAUAAUACUAGUAAAAUAUCUUUUUAAUUAUCUAAUCGAACUGGUGAUACAAUUUAAGAUUUACUUUAUAAAAAACCAGAUACAAGAUAAAUUAUUGAUGAAUUAACUAAUUUAUUAAAAACUAUUAAGAAUAAAAGAAAUGUAUCUAAUGUAUAAUUGAAUUCACCAAAAUCUGUUAGAAUUGAAAAAUGGAAUUAAAGUAAAGAAGAAUAAUUUAUAGCUAAAAGAUUAUCUGCUAAAUAAAGAUUAAGUAAAUUAAUUAAUAGUAGUUCUUGGAAUAAUAUAGCUAUUGGUGAAUUUGUAAGUAAUUUAGACAAAGGAUAAUAAAAUAAAUAAAAAAGAUAAGAAUUAGAAUCUAAAUUUGAAUCAUAUUAAUCUAUGAAUGAAGAUGAUCUAUUAUAUCUUAUUAAUACAAGUGUAUUAUUAAAUAGAUGUUCUGAUAAAAAGUAUAUUAUAUAUAUAUAAUAUUAUUUAUUAGAUUUAUUUAAAGUGCAAUCAAUCAUUUAGAUUAAGAUAUUAUUAGUGAUAUUGAAUUAUAAAUAGCAGAAAAUAUAUUAAAAAGUCAUUUUGAUAUAUAAAAAUAAGUUAAUUAAACAAGACAUGAUUUUCUUAAAGAAAGAAAUGAAAUUUAAUUUAUUAAAAAUAGAUAAGCCAAAAAUAUAUUAGAAAGAUAAGAAAAAUAAAAUUCUAUUAAAAAAUUAUAAAUUAAGAUGUGUAAUAUUUUAAGAGAAAUGAAAGAUAAAACUAAAACUACUAUGAAAUAAGAUUCAGAAAAAUAUAAUUUAUAUUAUUAAGAAUAUAAAUAAGGAAAUCCUAUUGCUAAUCCAUAUGUAUGGAAAUUUAAAGAAAUUAUGAUGAAUGUUAUUAAAAAAAAAGUAUAUAUUAAUUUAUUAUUAUUUUCUUAGAAAAAUGAAAGAAGAGAUUAAAAAUUAGGAGUUAAAAGUGAAAAUCAUAAACCAAUCUUUCCAUCCAAAGAAGAAUCUUUAAUAUUAAUGAAUGUUAUCAGAAAAACUCAUCCUUCAUCCAAAUUACGUUUAAUUCCCUAACAAUAAUAGGAGUAUUUUCCAACACCUGCUAAAGUCUUUAAUGAAUAUAAAUUGAAAGUCUAAAAAAAAGAAUAUGAGAAAAAUUAAUCUAAUUUUCUUAAUUUCUAUACUGGAGGACCAAAAAAACCUAGAAAAUAUGCUAGUCCAUAAUUAUAAUUUAUUGAAGGAGGUGAAAAUAAAUCAGAUUGGAUUACUCCUGAAAUUGAAUUAAUUGCUAUUAAUAAAAUUAAGAGAGCAUUAAAAGCAUAUGUCUCCAGAAAGAGAUAUAUUAGAGAAAGAGAAAAAAAAAGAUAAAAAGAAUAUUAAGAGAAAGAAAAAGAUCCUAAAUUCUUUCGAAUUCUUAGUAGAAUGAAAUCUAAAAAUUAUAAUUCUCUUGAUAUAGAGGAAUGUUAUAAAAGUCUUAAAUAAGCUAUUGCUUAAAGUGCUGGCAAUUCCAAAUAAUUAUUAUAAAAAGGAGUCUAAAUGGAUUAUUCUAAAGUCAAAGUACCUCAUUCAAUGAUUUAAUUGAAAUUAAAAUAAAGAAAACUCUUUUUAGCCUUAAAAGUAGGUAAUACUAAUUGGGCAGAAUAUUCAGGUUUUUAAUUUGAACCUCAAGAUGUUAAUUGUUAUGAUACCAAUAUGUAUUGUCCUUUAUAUCAUGCAGCUUAAUUGUAAAGUAUAACAUUUUGCAAUUUUCUCAUCAAUGCAGGAGCUGAUGUCAAUAUGCCUUGUUAAGGAGGACUUACUCCUACCUUUGCUGCAUUUAUUACAAAUAAUAUAGUCUUAAUCAAUUUAUUCAUAUCAAAUGGAGCUAAUAUUGAUAUUCUUAAUGAUGAAGGUAAGAAUCCUCUAUGUUAUUGUUCUAUUUAAAUGUUAAAAGAACUCAAUUUAUAAUACAAUCCUGUUAAUAGCAAAUCAUAAACACAAAGAUAAAAGAGCAGAAGAACUUAAUCAAAUUUGGAAUAAAAUUAUUCACCAUAUGCUGAAAUGAAAAUGGAACCAAUGUUAAAUGUUAAUGAUGAAAUAAAAUGGUAAUAAGAUUAAAUAGUGUCUUUAAGAACAUUUUAUACCAAGAAGGAGAGAGAGAACUUUUACUAUCUAAAAUAAAAAGCAUAAUCUUAAAAAGAAUCAGAGAAUAAUUUAGAAAACUAGGAAUAAAAAUGA